GUGGGUUGGAAUCAAAAGUAAAGCAUAUUUCCUUGUUAAAUGGUGAGCUGACUGCAGGAUUACGGAUUAGCAAUGGAAUUGCAGUGAUUUGUGAACAUUGUAUUUGUUUUGAUGAUUUUCCUGACAUAAUGUACACAGACGAUGAAGAAUAUUACUUUGGAAGUGGUGGAAGUGGGAAGUAUUAUGAGUGGCAGCUGAUGAUUAAAAAUCGGUGGCUGCGAAUCGACGGCGAUCAUGUCAUCGAGACUCACUACUGCCAGCCUGGAGCCAAGGGAAUGACUAUCAACACGACCAAGGGAAAAGUGUUCAUAGACUUUGACACUUUGGAGACAUCCAACAAAGGUGUCCGAGUCCAGAGACUCAGCGUUCUGCCUCCUGACCAAACAGAGGAUGUGUGCUGGUAUUUCAGGGAUGAACACGAGUGGUGGGAAUAUGGAUCCAGGGGUCCUGGAACAUCCGUCAGCAGUAGAGACAUCGAGCGUCACUUCACUUUGUAUCCUCAGGGGAACCUCAGGUUCACCGUGGGUUCUAAUGGAUACUCACUAGAUUUCCGCACUAUGACCCAAAUGAACCUCAACACGGGUUUGCAAAGGAGAAUUCGCAGGCGUCCAAAAUUCACCAACUCUGCAGGAUUGCGCUCACCCCCAGCUCUUCUUGCUGGUUCCACCUCUCUGUCUGGUGGAAAACCAAAGUGGGAGUUCAUGGAUCAAUACGGCAAAUGGACAGAAUACCAGAAACAUGUCAGUAUAUCCAGUGAGGACAUUGAAGUGCAGUUUAAGAGGAACCCAUACGGCCUGUUGACUUUCACCACUAAGAAGUUCAAGUAUGAACUCGACUUUGCAGCCAUGACUCAAAGGAACCUGUCCACAAACACCGUCAGGUCAGUGAGGCGACUUGAGUGAAGGAGUGGACGACAAAUGAGGAGCUUCUAAUCUGCUGUCUUUGAACUUUAGUUUUAGGUUUAAUCUCUGUUAAAACGCUUAUGUUUUUCUGAAAAAGAAACAUAUUUGGAGGACAGUUUCCUCAUCCGCUCUGCUUCAAAUGCAUGUACAUUUCAUGGAAAAGCAUCUAAAUGUAAUCAUAUUAUGUCUAAUAAUGGAAAUUAACAACUUAUUUGACAUUUGUUGUGUCUGUCUUGGAAUUGAAAAAUCCUCUGGAAAUAAAUGAACAAAAUAAUAAAGUAUAUCUGGAAGCUUUUAUGAGAUUUUUUCCCAGUUUUUACUCAUUAAAAUCCAGAUUUUAAUCAUCAAAAAUGUCAUCCACUCAAACUGAAUUUGAGAGAAGAUAAAGUUGAUCAAGAGAAAUCCACUGUCUGCUGAACACACAAAUCUCAUAAUUUUAUGCUCUUUAUUAG